GGACCACAAAACUGGCAGCGGCCAAGCUCACCGCAUAAAUUGUUUACGACGACAGGACUCGCGCUGCGAAGGCGCUGAUAGCUAAGAAAGUGGCUGCAAAAGUUUGCUUACCAUUGCGCCAGCUCUCGCGGAGCAAACCUCCACACACUUUUGUGGUGCAUUGCAGAGCACUGCCUUUACGGCGCCAACAAUGCGUCCACUGCGCGUAGCCGUGCUCCUUGGAAGCACGAGAGACGGUCCGCCGCGCCCGGCGAAUCUCGGCCGCCGUGUUGGCAAGUUCCUCUGCGGCGUGCUGAACGCGCGCGGCCACGAGGUCGACGUCGUCGAUCCGGUUGACGAGGCGUUACCGUCGCUCGUCAAGCCCUACUUCGCGUACGCGCCGGGUCAGGCGCCGCCCAAGCUCGAGAAGCUCAACGAGCGUCUGCUUAAUGCGGACGCGUACGUGGCCGUCACGCCCGAGUACAAUCACGCCCCGUCGCCCGCGCUUUUGAACACGAUAAAUCAUAUCGGCUCGAGCGUGAUGUCCUAUAAGCCGUCGUUGAUUUGCAGCUACAGUGCCGGACAGUGGGGCGGCGCGCGGGCCGCGGUCCUACUGCGCCCGGCUCUCAGCGAGAUGGGAUGCAUCCCGGUGAGCGCCAUGAUCCACGUGCCGAAGGCGGCCGAAGUCUUCGACGAAGCUGGGAAAUGCCUCGAGGACCACGACGAGUGGGCGGGCUACUUCGACCGCGGCGUGAGUCAGCUCGAGUGGUGGGGCGUCGCGGCGCGCAACCAUAAAGACGUCGUCGACCCGUUCGCGGCGUCGCCCGCGCUCACGACGACGCCUACCCAGCGCAACGCGCCGACGAGUCCCUGAGUGUGUCCACCUGGUGUGAUAAGAAGCAUGUAUAUCAAUCACAAA